AAAAAGAUUAGGAAAGCAUUUAAAAACAGUUGAGGGACCACGCGUGUCCAUGCUGAAACAAAAAAAAAAAAUUAGGGAAGCAAUUUGUCUAUAUAUAGAUGCGUGUUAGCGCGUAGUUUUGUGCAGAUCUUUGGAUUUGGGAUAAUCGUUUUGUUUUUCUUUCCUUCUUCUCGACUCUGGUACUGUCAUGGCGGAAUGUUGCCCUUCGACGAUGGCUCCGUCUGGUGGCUUAGCUAGGCUUUCAGUUGAAGACGAGGCGGAGACGGGAUGGAGCAGAGCGAACGCUGCCGGAAACGUUGUUUGUCCGAGGGUAUUCUUCAACCCAUCCAUCGAUGCCAUCGCAAAAUUCCGGUCAGAUUCCUUCAACGAAAGCAAGAACAAUCAUUCUGGGGUGGUGGUUUCUUUCACAUCCAGUCAUUUAAGGAAUUUCACUAGUAAUUUCAGCCAUAGAAUUGGUCCAUAUCAUUUUGGUGAGGUUUAUCAUGGAACCAUUAAGAUUGGAGAAAAGACUCGAAGUGUUGUCGUGAAGACUUGGGAUGAUAAUGCACUUUACUUGGAGAGUCUUAUUGUUCCUUACAUAUUUAUCGAGGAAGAAGUAAUGUUCUUGAAGGACAAAAUGAUAGCUUCUCACCCAAAUAUUGUAAAGGUGAUUGGUAAAUGCUGUGAAGAAAACCUGAGGGCUGUUGUCUACGAUCUUGAUGCACUAGAUACCUUGCAUCAUAUGAUUCCGAAAGAUGAUUUCAACUGGGUUCAGAGGAUCAGGGUUGCCUUUAAAUUUGCUCAACUUCUUGAAUUUUUACAUUGUCAAGUGAAGCCCUAUGUGGUACUGAACCUGAGUUCAGAGCAUAUAAUGCUUGAUAAGAUGUUAAAUCCAUUGCUCUUUGACUUUGGAUUACUGAGUGGAGGGGUGAUUGGUGAACUUAGCGACUUAAAAAGAAGGGUUUGCCCACCGCUAGGUUAUGGUGAUCCGCAGUUUCUCAUGGGUGGUCCUUGCCUUCCGCGUUGUGAUGUCUACGUUUAUGGUAUGAUCCUAAUUGGGAUAAUAGCCAAAAAGGUCGUUGAGGAGAAAGAGUUACAUAACCACGCUCCUGCUCUAGAUGUAUGGGCCAACGAGGAGUAUAAGACUGGCACUUCACUUGUCCACAAAAGCCUACAGUCAGAGUCAGGUUAUUACACUAGAGAUGCUCUUUCAGUAACUGAAUUGGGUAUGUGGUGCAUACAAGAAUAUGGAGCUGAUCGUCCAAAUAUGACCCAAGUCGUUGAGCAUCUGAAGAAAUUACAAAUUGUUAAAGACCUAGAACUUGAAUGAAGCAAACAGCUAACAUCACCCUGGACCUUGUAGGAUUGUUCAAGAUCAGUUACAUGGUAUGAAGCAAAGUUGAAGCUAGUGUCACCUGGACCUUGUAGGAAGAAAAAUAGAAAAUGACAUAUGUUUGUUUGUGUAGCUGUGAAUGGUUGUCCUUUGUCGAAACUGUAUUUCGUAGUGGAUGCUUGGUUGUGGACUUUCCUUCUGUGUUCGACCGAGGAAAAGGGUUUUUUGCUUGGAAAUCAUAAUUUGAAAAAGCCCCAUGUUCCCCUGUCUUGUAAGGAUUUGCCGCCUUACUGGGCUAUAUAUAUUAUAUAUCUAUACAGGUGUUCACCUGGCGCAUUAUAAAUUAAUGAACUUAUCAAUUUUUAUUUCUUUUUAUUAUUAUUAUUACAGGGUAAAGACUUAAUGGAGAAGUGUUCUAUUUUUGUUUGUUCUGUUACUUCUUUUUAUAACCCCAGUUGAAAAAAC